GGUUGCGACAGGUGGAUCUGGUGGCGGCAGCCGCCUGUGUGUGGACGCUGCCGUCAGCUGAUGGAGAUAAACAAAGUCUCGGGAGAUGCGGGACGGCAGCACCACGGAUUCUCAGGAGUAUACCGACAGCAUGGAGCAUCAGGAGUAUGUUGACAACAUAGAAUCCAAGACGCAUGCUGGCAGCAUGGAACCCCAGGUUAAUACAGACAGUAUGGAGCCCCUGGAGAAUACUGGCAGGAUGGAACCCCAGAAGCAUGCUGGCAGUAUACAACUGAAGUAUAUCGGCAGCAUGGAAUCCCAAAAGUAUACUGGCAACAUGGAGUCAAAGAAGCAUGCUGACAGCAUGGAACCUCCAAAGUAUGUUGGCAGAAUGGAACCCUUAAAGUAUGCAGACAGCAUGGAACCCAAGUAUGCUGUCAGCUUAGAACCCCAGAAGUAUGCCGGCAGCAUUCUCCUGCCUGAUACAGAUGUCGUCUUUAGGAACAUAAAGAAUGCUAAGCGCUUUGCUAUUGAUAUUGGUGGUUCACUGACCAAGAUUGCAUACUACUCUACGGUGUCUCACAGGAAGGUGAUGUAUAAUGCAGAGAAAGACAGUGCUGCUUCAGUUGAUGGUGAAGAUUACCAUUAUGAGAGCUCAGAGACAGAGCGAUUGCACUUUGUGAAAUUUGAAACCAAAUACAUUGAACACUGCUUGGACUUCAUACGAGACCAUCUAGUCUUCAGUAAGGAAUCUAUGGCGGGAAAAAGUAUAAAAGCAACGGGUGGUGGAGCCUAUAAAUAUGCAGAGCUAAUUCAACAAAAACUAGGGCUAACGGUUGAGAAGGAAGAUGAGAUUGGCAGCUUAAUUAAGGGGUGCAACUUUUUGCUUCGGAACAUCCCAGAUGAACAAUUCUCCUACAGCCGACAUGAUGACCCAGAGUAUCGCUUUAUAAAUACUGAACCCAAUAUCUUCCCAUAUCUUCUGGUCAAUAUUGGGUCUGGUGUUAGCAUUAUGAAGGUUGAAGCAGAUGAUAAAUAUGACCGAAUUGGAGGCACAAGUAUGGGUGGUGGGACGUUCUGGGGCCUUGGGUCACUACUGACUAAGGCUAAAGGAUUCGAUGAACUUCUGCAGCUAGCUAGUGAAGGGGACCACCGGAAUGUUGAUCUUCUUGUCAAGGAUAUAUAUGGGGGUGACUACAGUGCCUUGGGACUAACUGGAGGUAUAAUAGCAUCAAGUUUCGGCAAGGCUAUGCAUCACGGUCAUACCAAGAGUGAUGAUAGUCCAGAUGAUAAGUGCAUGAAAUGUCACCUGGCCAGGCACUCAAGAGGUUUUUCGGAGGCAGACAUUGCAAGAAGUCUUUUGUUUACUGUCAGCAAUGAUAUUGGACAAAUUGCUUCUCUUUAUGCAAUGCUCCACAGCUUGAAGAGGGUAUACUUUGGAGGUUACUUCCUGCGCAACCACCCAGUCAGCAUGCAUACCAUCAGCUUUGCUAUCAACUACUGGAGCCGUGGGGCUGUACAGGCGCUCUUCCUACGGCACGAAGGCUACCUGGGAGCAAUUGGAGCAUUUCUUCGAGGCGCAGAAGAAUGUGAUACAGAGAAAUAUUCGUGGGGAGAAAAUUAUGCAGGAUCAUCCGGCCUGCAGUCUCCAUUGCCUCAUCCUCCUGUGGGUGGGUGGCCAGGUGGCACCAUUGACCAGCUGGAGAUUGACCGUUGUGACCAACAGCUAACGUUCUUCCCUUUAUUGGCUCAUCCGGAGGAAUAUGUGCCGGAUGCUGUGGAUCUCACCAAGGAUAAAGAAGCUAGAGAUUACUGGCUCUCUUGCUUCGAGAGCUCAUUGGGGAGUUUCGUGAAUCAUGCAAUCAGUUCACAGCCAAACAGCCCUGACAGCACAGAGAGAGCAAAUAAGUUCCGUGAUAAGUACCUUCAGCGACUCAACAAUCUCAAGAACCAUCCAUUUGCAUAUGGUAAUCUGACUGUACGGAGCUUACUUGACAUGCGGGAACAUUGUCUCAAUGAAUUUGACUUUCCUGAUCCAUACCUGCAGCAGAAGAAGUUGGAAAAUGAAAAUGCUUUAAAACUCCUUAAGGACCACCUAAGCUUCUUAGACAAACAAGAAUAUAGUAAACGUCAAGAGACUUUAGUCCGGGGCGUUCUUGCAGGCAAUGUAUUCGACUGGGGCGCCAAGGAAGUAGUGAAGCUAAUGGAGCAAGGGCUGGGAUUUAAGGAGGCAGCAGAUAAGCUCCAAGCUCGUCCAUGGCUGCAUGAUGAUCUAGAUGCUUGGAUUACAAGACAGCAGCAGUCUCCCUAUAAAUGUGCAGUUAUAUUUCUUGACAAUUCUGGCUGUGAUGUUGUCCUUGGAAUUAUACCAUUAGCUAGAGAGCUGCUUGUCCGAGGAACCAGAGUUGUGUUGUGUGCUAACAGCAAGCCCGCACUGAAUGAUGUGACUGCUGAGGAGCUUAGUAUGCUUAUGAAACAAGUAGCUGCUGUGUGCCCUAUCAUCAGUGAACACCUAGACACUAACACCCUCUGUAUACGCGAGUCAGGUCAAGCUUCACCUUGCCUUGAUCUCAGUCGCCUUCCACUUUCACUAGUUGAUGAAAUAGUGCAAUGGGGCUGUGACCUUGUGGUUAUGGAGGGAAUGGGGCGUGCCAUUCACACAAACCUGCUCACUCCACUCACCUGUGAUUCUCUCAAGCUUGCAGUCAUCAAAAACAGGUGGCUGGCCCACAGACUUGGUGGAGACAUGUUUUCAGUAAUGUGUAAAUAUGAAACGGGAAGUUCUAAGGUUAGUGGCAACUCCAAUACAAUAGCAAGUAGUUAAUACACCUAACAAUGUAGACAUUGAUGAUAAAAUUGAUGAUGGAAGCUGGAAAAUAUUUUAAAUUUACGGAGCAUUUGAGUCAUCUUUGACCCUAAAUCAACACCAACACAUUUUAAGGUAUAACUAUUAAUAUAUUGAUAAUAGUGUACUUCCGAGAUGUAAAAAUACAGUAUAUGUUUAUUAAAAUAAAUUAAAUGAUUGUCUAUUACUAGAGGCAAGUAAGGGUUACUUGUGUUACAACUUGCACUAAGGCAAGUCAUAUUUAAGCAGUUAUUUUUGUGUGGUAUUUUAAAUUUAGGUAAGGUGAAAUAUGCUAAUUGUAAUUUUUUUAUGUAGUUAAUAUAAGGAAUAAUUUGAGUAACUAUUUUUGUAAUGCUGACAGUUCUUUGGUUACAAUAUUGGGUAAAGUUACACACUAAUAUUUAAAUUGCUAAAUAAGUAAAUAUAUACAGGAACAGCACAGAGGACUGAAAUCUUGAAUAUUAGUGGGAUUUAAACCAAGGUCUGCAGUUAUCUAUCCUUAGACUGCUAGUACACCACUUUACCUUUCAAUUCUCAACUUUAUAAUACUUGAUUUUCUCAUUGAUAUAUUAAUGUGAUUUCCUUGUGUAACUGUACAGUAUUGUAAAGUUAAAUACUGUACAAAAAUAGUUUUUUCUACUAUAUAUGUGACCCAUCCUUUCCUGUGCUAACCAGCAUAUAUACUGUACAUUUUAUUCUGUCCUCCAUGGACAGGGUUAGAGAUGUUUUACACUACAUGUAGUGUACAGUAGUGGGUUAUUGAGCACUCAUCCACAAAGGUGAUUAAAGUCAUUUUACAAGCUUGGUUUAUAAUUACAUCACAUAUAUACUUGUUGCAUUAUAUGGUAAAUCUUGGGUGUUCCAGGACAAUAUUCAGAUAGCAUUUACAGAGCAUCAUAUCUCCCCUCAGCGGGUCUGAAGCCAGUUAGCAUGGGACAGUCUACAAUAUAUUUUUCAAGAGAACACGUUUUCUCUUCCAUAAAGAUGAUGCAAUGCAUUCACAAAUUUUAAUGCUGAAGGCUUUAAUGCAUCAGGGAUAACUGAAACAACGCCCUGUCUUUUUUGAGCAUGAAGUCAUUCAAGGAGCCCUGCUUGGGUUCAGGGGACCGGAGAACCUCCUAGAGAACUCGGUAGAGUUCUGGGUUGGUGGACUUUUGUACCAUUGUGCUCAAGUUGGUUAAGGCAGGCAUCUGGGAAUCACCAGAAUGUGAGUUAGUCAUUCCUUUGCCUCAGUGAUUUUCAUUUAUAUAUCAAACCAUUGUAAUCACUGUAUCAUGCCAUCCACUGCCUGUGGAUACAAAGGGGUAUGUGAAUACAUUAUCUGUACUAGCAUAAGAUUUUAUUCUAUACAUCGGUAUUUACUACUUUUAAUUAUUGUGUACAAGAUUUGCAAUACCAACACUGAUGGACAAUAGGGCAAAAUGCUUAUAUUUAUCAAUGUUUUAUUAUUUACAACUUAAAGCUAACAGAGUUUUCUGUUGCAGUCAUUAUGCCAUCAAGAUGUCUUUUGUCACUCAUGUUUAAAUGUUUAUUUUGUGUUGAAAUGUAUAAAAAAAUUCCUACAAUGUAAUGAAAUGUAUAAUAAAGGAUUUCUACAAAAUCUAAAUGCAUAAUACAAUUUUUGCAAUGAAACGAUAUGUAUAAUAAAUUAUUUCUCGAAUAGAUUUUUCCCAUACAUGAAAUGUGAUUGGUAAAGGGGAAAUUUAUUUGAGUCAGUGUUGUACAUGGUGUACAAAAUAUUUUUGUAUAAUGUAAGUACUUGAAAAAUGUUUUCUGAAUAUUCCCAUAUCUCGAUGUGAAAAGAAAUUACAGUAAUUGAUCCAAGAGGUGUUGUAUUAUUGAUAUUAAUUAACGUCAUUACACAAUAUCGGUAUCAGUCAAAAUAUUGGUAUUAAUGCAGUUUUAUUGAUUUCUUAGAUAACUUUAGAUAUACAUGCUUGAUGUGCUUUCCAAAACAGACCUGAUCAGCAUUUUCUUUGGUAUAUUUCUGGAAUACAAAUAUUUUUAGGAUUGUACUUUCAUUCUGGUGUUCAGUGUGGUGGUUGUCCACACAUUUCUCCCGUGAUACUUACCCAUUCUAGAAUUUUUUGUUAAAUCUAUAAAGUAUUUGUUCAAUAAGUUUUGUUAUAUCUUUGACAUGUGUGGCUUUUAUAGUAAGAUAUGUUAUUGAGAGAACCCAUAGAGUGUAUUGUCAGUUUUAAAAUUGACAAAUGUUCUUAUCUUGAACAUGCUAAAUUUUCUAAAUCGUAUCAUGGAAUUCCCUUAUAUAUUGUGUAGCAAAUUAGUUGUUAUAUCUGAUUAUACUUCAUUAUUGGUCAUUCUGUCUGAUGAAAACCUAAUAAAAUGAUAGUACUGUACAUUUGAAAAUGUAGUUCUGUACUUUAUUACUACUCAUAAUUUGUUAGGACAUGUAAUGGUGAAUAUUUCAACAUCUAUUCUUUAAUACUGCCUGUUCUAUUUUGUAUGUUGCUUCCUUAUGUAAGUAAUUUCUUACCAUUAGUAUUAAUGCACUGUGUUAUACAAAUUACUUAUGAUCUGUUGAAUUUAGACAUACUGUACUGUAAUAUGAGUGUACUGAACAGAAUCAUCAGUAAUGGGUGUGUCAUACAAUAUGUACAAAUGUACUGAACAGUAUCCUCAAUAGUGGGUGUCAUUCAAUAUGUACAAAUGUACUAGGCUCGAGCUUGGGGGAAGUAGAAAACCUCCCAGAACCCCAUCAAGCAGGUACUGAACAGUAUCCUCAGUAGUGGGUGUAUCAUGUAGAGUAACAUGAAUGUACUGAACAGUAUCCACAGUAAUAGGCAUAUCAUAUGAAUAUUACCAAUAAUGGGUGUACUAUAUAUUAAUGGCUAUAGAAAAUUUGGGUUUCUCUGAUUCUAUAGUACUGAGCAUAGGAAAUUUAAUACAUAAUUUAAUAACAUCCACCACAGCCCGGUUGGUCGGGCACUUUUUUGAAAAAAAAAAAAAAAAAAAAUGGGUUUUUAUCUUGAAGAUGUCCACAGUUGUACCGGCAAUAUUUCUUAUACUGGCUGAGAGUAUGUUCAACAACGGUUGACCUCAGAUGUUCAUACAGUGUUCUCUGAUUGUGCCCAAGACUAAUAAAAAUGGCUUAACAUAUCAAAAGCCAGAGGAUCA